UUGGACGUGGCCUUAGUUUUUUUUUUGUUUGUGCAAUCCAGAUCGAGACCAAAUUAGGUUUAUGUCAAAUGUACACUUUUCUUUCGUCUCACGUGCCUCAGAGGAACCGUGAGGGCCGUGGAGCGCGUUCACACACACACACACACAGACACACUGCCCCCUUCUGCUCCGGAGGGCCGGACAGGCAGAGCCUUUAGAAGAAAACUCGUGGUUUCAUGAGCAUCUCAGUAGUUUGGAGAGCGAGAGUGGCUGAGAUUGUAGAGUUCUGCUCUAAAUGAGAUGGUGGUGACUCUGUCUGUGCUCCUGUGGGUGUUUCAUGUCGCCGCGUCGUUUCCUCGUGAAGCUUAUGCAGUUGACUUUGAGCCUCCUAAUGAGCUUAACAACAGUGACUCAGACAUGGACUAUCUUCUUCCUUUGCUGUGUCAAAGUGCGUGCCAGCCACGAGAAACUUUAGUCAAGGUUUGGCAUGAGUUCCCUGAGGAAAUGCAUUACACCAUUUCUCCUUGUUUUGUGCCUGUGCAGCGGUGUGGGGGCCACUGUAGUGACGAGGCUACAGUGUGUGUGCCUGUGAAAAACGAUACUGUUCUGGUGCAGGUGCAACGGGCAGGUGACCCCGAUGUGUUCAUUGAGUUACCAUUUGUUCAGCACAGUCGCUGUAGUUGCAGAUCCAGGAAGCGUCUGAGUGCCUCAUUCAUACACUUUUAGAAGAAGUCUGAAAACUACCAAAAUGAUGCAGUGAAAUGUUGCAAUGGUGUUUUCCACAGUACAGUAACCAGUAUGUGUUUUGUGCAGUUUUGAAACACUAUUUGUAGAAUUGAAAACGCCAUUACCAAGGCUAUCUGUACACUGAACACAGGAAGUGUCUAAAAACUCUACUAUUUAAAGUUUAAAAUACACAGUAUAGUAACCAAACUAUAUUUUAGUUUAAAACAUUUUUAGAUCUGCGGGAAACACUAGUAGUUCAAGUCCCUAUUAGUCAAUGGAUGAAAGAACAAUUGAAUAAAUGACAUUUGGCAGUCACACAUCUGAAGUAAAUGUUAAAAACUAAGAUUUGCCACAAUGAUAGAGAAACACAGGGAAGACACCAAACUUGAAUACUUCCAACAGCUGCUUAUUUACUAGAGGACCACUGUUAGCUUGCAUGUGCUGUUCAAUUAUUAGGUUUCUGCAAAUAUUUAGUAAUAUAUUUUUUCCAUAACCACUCAGUACACAUCCUGACUUGGGUUGUUUUACAUCAGUUCAGAAUGAAGUUCAGGACUGAAUACAGAUCUGCAUUCUGUAUUAUGAAUAUUUGUAGUCAAGGAAAACAGUUAGGAAAGGACGUUUCAUUCAACUAUAUAGAAUUGUGUGGAAUUGUCUGAACUGAGAUUGGGAAGUCCUGACGAUAACCAUUAGUGUUCCUACACAAAACGUGAUGUUUCAAAGCACCAGCUGAUGAGUGUUUGAAUAGUGAAUUAUUGAUAUUUUGGCAAGGGAUAGAAUACUUUCAAAUCUCCCUAGGAUACAAAACAUGUUUUGGUAUUUCAGAACUCUUAUUUAUUGAUACUACUAAUGGUUGUUUCAAACACCAAGGUCAUUGUCUUUCAAUACACCUUGUAUUCUCUUCACACUCAUUUCUCUUGUGCUUCCAGGUUCUUUUCUAGUGGCAGCUCAGUUUCUGACACCUUCUUUUUACAGUGUAUAAUAAAUGGCAACUUGCAUUAUUUGUCUGUCCAGAGGCUAAAUCGCUGUGCUACUAUUUUCAUCACUACAUUCAAGUAAUUACUUUAGUGUGCACUUGCUUUGUAAUAAGAAAAGAGAAAAUUAUUACUGUAAAUGACGUAAUGCUAUGGAUAGGCCAGUGAAUCAGUAAAUACUGUAAAAGCUCUGUCAUUCAGCUACAGUGAUUUUCAGUUUUUCUUUUCUUUCUGCCCUUUUCAUUUUUGGUUGCGCAAGCAAUGGCGUCAACAAUGUCUAGCUUUUGUGUCCUGGUUUUAUCACUGCAUGUACACAAACAGCACGUUGCACUUACUAUUGAGGCUCUAGUUGUUUAAUGCUAUGUAAUCCUGUCCUGUGUUUUGGUGGGGAAGUGCAGUUUAAAUCAUGAGCAAUGAGUCAUGUUCAGCAGUAGACAUUAGGUGAAGAAGUCUGCUCUUCUAAGUUUAUUAGAACAUUGCAGAUCAGUGUAGCUGCUACACAAAUCUGUCCCUGACAUUUCAGCAGUCUAUAAAUACUAAGAUGCCAUUGACUCUGUGAGAAAACUAUCAGAUGUGCGCCACUUGUUACUGGAAUUAAGAAGAUGUCCAUUCACUCUGAAACAAAAUUAUAAGAGAGGGCAGUAUGAUAAUAUGUUGUUACUAUUAUCAAGAUGUCAGAAUACACUUUUCUGAGUAUACAGUGGUUAUUGUCAACAUUUCUAAAGUAUUGCAGUUGCAUGGAUAAUAAAAGAAGCCAAUUAAAGGGAUCUUGUAAAUAACAACUAGUGUAUUGACCACAUAGUAACAAAUGCCUAAUCUGAUGUCCUGAUGUUUCAUGAUUAUAUUUUAUUCAUUUAUUUUUACCAGUUGUUAACUUUUCCACCUGUUCCUUUUAAAAUGUAUUUUUUAAAACAUGUAAUAAAAUAGA